AGGUGUUCACGAUCGCAGCGCCGGGCGCGCUCGGCUCUCGGGACUCGCAGCCCAGCGGCGGCGCUCCUGCCUGCUGCGAGCGCGGCUCCAGCCAGGAGCAGCAGAAGAGCACCGGGACCCACCCGAGAGCAGCCCAGGACCCACGGCAGCAGCUCCUCGCCGCCUCCCACUCGGAACACAGUGCCAACCACCCAGAAAAAGAGAUGGAUUGGGGCACAUUGCAGAGUAUCCUGGGGGGUGUCAACAAACACUCCACCAGCAUUGGGAAAAUCUGGCUCACCGUCCUGUUCAUCUUCCGCAUCAUGAUCCUUGUGGUAGCUGCAAAGGAGGUGUGGGGAGAUGAGCAAGCUGAUUUUGUUUGCAACACUCUCCAGCCUGGAUGCAAGAAUGUGUGCUACGACCACUACUUCCCCAUCUCUCACAUCCGGCUCUGGGCCCUACAGCUGAUCUUCGUGUCCACGCCAGCACUCCUGGUAGCCAUGCACGUGGCCUACCGGAGACAUGAAAAAAAAAGGAAGUUCAUUAAGGGAGAGAUAAAGAAUGAAUUUAAGGACAUCGAAGAGAUCAAAACCCAGAAGGUCCGUAUUGAAGGGUCCUUGUGGUGGACCUACACAACCAGCAUCUUCUUCCGGGUCAUCUUUGAAGCUGUCUUCAUGUAUGUCUUUUACAUCAUGUACAAUGGCUUCUUCAUGCAGCGUCUGGUGAAAUGCAACGCCUGGCCUUGUCCCAAUACAGUGGACUGUUUCAUUUCCAGGCCCACAGAAAAAACUGUCUUUACUGUGUUCAUGAUUUCUGUGUCUGGAAUUUGUAUCCUGCUAAAUAUCACAGAAUUGUGCUAUCUGUUUGUGAGAUAUUGUUCAGGAAAGUCAAAAAGACCAGUGUAAUGUGUCGUGGGGCUGCUAGAUAAAAGAUUGAAUGAAAGGAUGGACCAACCUAUGCUUAGUGGUAAAGCACAGCCACCAGCAUUUCCCAAGACAAAUAUUCCCAUCUUAAACGCCACCAUUUGAAGUCCCUGUAGGCCUCAAGUAAGACUCCAGAUGCCUCCAUGGGGCUCUCCUCCCCCAAAGCUCCAAAACAAAGGCCUAAUUCUAUGCCUGUAUUAAUCCUUACUAAAGUUAGUUCCAGUGAGAUCCUGUGCUGGUAGAGGCUACUCUGGUAGAACACAAUCAUCCUUUAAACAAAGGAGCUCAGCAAUUGUUUCUCUUUCUCUGAGGACUGGAGAGAUGGCCCCAGGUCUUGAGGAGGGUGCUAAGAAAGUUCUCUGUGCCUCCCUUUGGGUGCCCGUCCCUAAGCUUCUCCCAUUUAAAGGUAAAGAAUCACUAUUCUGUUUUUGCUUUGGUAGAUUUAAUCUGUAACAAUGGACAAAGCUACUUAAUGCUUCAAGCUCUAUGUACUUUUUUCCAAUGAAAAGCCUUAAUAUAAAAUAGGUUAUUUUGUUCUAAAGAUAUUCUAAAAACCAUUAUACCUUCCCCCUAUUUCAAAGGUUCAGUUGCGGUGUAUACAUGGUAUGUAACUAGAUCACACAAGGUCUUUGAAAAGAUGGCCUUUGAUUAUAGGAAAUCCACAGUGUGACUGAGAGGUCAUUUGCCAUAUAUAUAUAUGAAUAAUCACUGUGUGUUGUAUGCAACAAUAUCACAACCUGUCUCAAACAAGACAAACUGGAAGUUUUUCAUGAUACCUUAUGAGAACAAAAGGCCUCAAUUCAAAUAUUCAAGUGUAAUUUGCCUAAAAGACAGACUGGAUGUCCCACCAACUGCCCUCUCUCCCUCCCAACAUUUGCCUCCUCUGUCACUGUGGGAUGUGGCAACCAGCAUUCAAAGGCACACUGACUUCAAGAGGCCGCUUGGGAAAUUCACUGCCACAGUACAAUUUAAUGGUGCAGACACAAAAUGGGGUGAGGGUCGGGGGCAGGGGAUUAACUGUUUUCAAAGAACCAAUGGAAGUUGUAGAUUCUAAAUUCUGCUGAUUAAAAAUGAGUUUUUCUACUUUGAAAGUUUGUUUUCUUAACUCUUCAGCAUCAAUUUAUUAACUGGAAACAGAACUGAUAGAUAUUUGGAAAAAGUAGAAACUAGAGUUUAGGUCCAUAUGUAACUGUGCUAGGACAAGCUGAACCCCAACACUGCAGUAUGUUUGGUAUGGUUUCCACAAAAUGGU